AUGGCAAAACACACUCAAUCUCUCUCCUCUCCCUCUCUUUCAGCAAUCCACGAGUUUCCAGCAGAUGUCUUCUCUCCAGAGCAGAGGAGAAAAGGAGCAGUUCUUCUCCAUGUAGUCUGUGCGAUCUACAUGUUCUAUGCCCUGGCUAUAGUCUGUGAUGUCUAUUUUGUUCCAUCACUGGAGAAGAUAUCAGAGAAUCUUCAACUCAGUGAGGAUGUUGCCGGGGCAACGUUCAUGGCGGCUGGGAGCUCCGCCCCUGAGCUCUUCACCUCCUUAAUUGGUGUCUUCAUCACUAAAGGUGACCUGGGGGUAGGCACCAUUGUGGGAUCGGCUGUCUUCAACAUCCUCGUCAUCAUCGGCGUUUGUGGGAUCUUUGCCGGACAGCCUAUCUCGCUGAGCUGGUGGCCGCUGCUUCGGGAUUCUCUCUACUACAUCCUGUCUAUAUUGAUGCUGAUUGUGGUGAUCUAUGAUGACAAAGUGAUUUGGUGGGAGACCAUCAUAUUGAUCUCCAUGUAUCUAGUCUACAUUAUCAUCAUGAAGUUCAACAGACCCCUGUCAGGCUGGGUGGAGAGGCACUGUGGUCGAGGGGGCCAGCCCUGCUUCAGUACCUUGAGACGGACCACCGCAGUGGGGCAUGGAGGAGUCGACUGUGACACCGACAUGGUGCUGCUGAAGAGAGAUUCGUGUGCAGGGCAGGAGACUGCAGUAGUGAUGGUGGAUGAGUUGAUGAGUCUGCACCCUCACCAGCUGAGCUUCUCUGAGGCAAGCCUCCAUCUCCUGAUCACCCCACAUUUCCCCCCCUACACACGUCUCCGCAUGGCAGGACGCAUGGUCAUCAAUGAGAGGCAGAGGUUGAGCCGGGCUCGGGGCCAGGAGGAGAACGGUGGAGCGGGGGAGGAGGGGGUAGAUGGGGCCACAUGGGGAAUAGGGAACAGUGGGGCAGAGGAGGAGAGGGGAGAUGGGGGUGCAUUAUGGGGAAUAGAGAACGGUGAAGCGGGGGACAGUGAGAGGCAACCACUGGAGGGGGAUGGGGGGCCGGAGGAGAACACAGAGGGGUUACAGCCCGAAGAGGAGGAGCUGGAGGAAGAAGAGGAGGUCUCCUUCAGUCCCUUCAUAGUGCCAGGAGGGCACUGUGAGCGUGUGCGCUGGCUGGUGUCAUGGCCUCUGUGUCUGCUGCUCUGCUGCACUGUACCCAACUGUGUCCUGCCUCGCUGGAGCCGCUGGUACCUCCUGACCUUCCUGGCCUCCACGCUCUGGAUCGCAGUCUUCUCCUACCUCAUGGUCUGGAUGGUGACCAUUAUCAGUUACACGCUGGGCAUCCCUGAGGUGGUGAUGGGCAUCACCUUCCUGGCAGCUGGCACCAGCGUACCGGACUGUAUGGCCAGCCUGAUCGUCGCACGACAAGGUAUGGGGGAUAUGGCUGUCUCUAACUCCAUUGGCAGUAAUAUCUUCGAUGUGCUUCUGGGACUUGGGUUCCCUUGGUUCCUGCGCACUCUGGUGGUCGACUACGGAUCAGUGGUGUAUAUCAACAGUAAAGGCCUGGUGUAUUCAGUUGUUCUGCUGUUGGGUUCAGUGUUCCUCACUGUCCUGAGUGUUCAUCUGAACCGUUGGUGGUUGGACCGCAGACUGGGUCUCUGUCUCAUGAUGCUCUAUGCCAUCUUCCUACUCUGCUCGGUCGGCUUCCAGCGACUGUAG